CUUGAUAAGUCGCGGGGGAAGCGGGGUUCACAAAAUUAACAAGGAAAUCUCCUCUCAAUGUCUUCGGUGGUGAGGCCAUGGCGAACUGCGUUUCUGACACUGAGGGACGAAACCUUGGCGUCACCUCCCUGGCCCAAUAUCCUCCACCUUCUCAACCAACUCAUAUUUUGCCAAUCCGAUUCUCUCAUAGCUGCCGCUCGGGACUUGCCUCCUCACGAGGUAGCGUCCGACUUGAUAUUACUAAUAGAGCUGGUCCGGAACGUUUCUCAGUAUGAAGGAAUUCAGGACGUUAAUCAGUCAUUCACUAGAUUAUCUCACUUGAUCCAUGGCAUCAGUCAUUAUUCUUCUUUGGAAAUGAAUUCGACAUCAUGGGCUCUUAUACUUGAAUCUUUUGAAAAGAUAGUGCAAAAUUUCCUUGGCAAAGCCAAAACAGAGGGCGUAUUAGAUGGAAAUGUUGCUGUAAUUAAAGCUACAAAACAAUGUUUAGAGAGUCUACGUCUACUUUUCAGGUGCCUUUUUGGUUUACAUCAAGCAGCUGCUUCACUGUCAGAAAAUGAGCAAUUGCUCAAUUUUGUUCUUCAAGUGGUUGGAUGUUUACAAGGGGAGUCAAUGUACUCUUAUUAUUUAAGUGACAAACAAACAUUAUCUGAAGGUUUAUGGGAAGUCCUAAUAGUUGCAUUUGGCAUGAUUGGUGAAGUAUACUCAAGAGUUGGUUCUUCUUUACCAUUCGACAUUUGGCAAUCCACAAUUGAGGUUCUAAGAAAAGUUAUGGACAUCUGGGCAUCUAGGAGCCUAUUGGAAGAGAAUAUUAUUUCCAGAUUUUAUAUUGAGCUUCUCCAUUGUCUACACUUGGUUCUAGCAGAGCCUAGAGGAUAUCUGGAAGAUCAUGUGGCUGGCUUUGUAGCAGCACUGAGGAAUUUUUUCCGGUAUGGCCUUGUAAAUAAGUGCCAUGUUGUGAAUCAAGCAACUAAUCGCAAUAAGGAAGUUGGGCCAACAAGCCAAAAAACCUGCUUUGAAGCAUCAAAUAGACCACAAAAUGGCCCUUAUAGGCCUCCACACUUGCGGAAAAAAGUUGUGGGCAGUGAACAGCGUAAAGAUGAGUGCUCGAUUGCUCCUAAACAGGAAUUUAUGUCAUCAGAUUCAGAGUGCAGCGACAAUGAUGGAUCAGUGAAAGAUAGUUGCAGUCACCAGUUAGCCAAGGCUAGGUUAACUGCAAUUCUUUGUAUUCAGGAUCUCUGUCGAGCUGAUCCGAAAUUGUUUACAGCGCAAUGGACAAUGGUUCUGCCAUCCAGUGAUGUGCUGCAGCACAGGAAAUAUGAGACUACUCUGAUGAGUUGCUUGCUUUUUGAUCCUCAUUUAAAGGUGCGGAUUGCAGCUGGCACUACUAUUAUGGCAAUGUUAGAUGGGCCUGCAUCUAUUUCUCUUCAGAUAGCAGAAUUUAAGGGGCACACCAGAUGUGGGUCUUUUACGCCACUCUCUAGUUCUCUUGGGCAUAUCUUAAUGCAGCUACAUUCAGGUACUUUGUACUUAAUCAAGCAUGAAACAAACAGUAGGUUGCUGGCAUUGUCAUUCAAAAUCCUGAUGCUUUUGAUAUCUUCUACACCAUAUUCGAGAAUGUCGAAGGAGCUACUGCCAGUGGUUAUCUCUUCAGUUCAAUCAACAGUGGAUGAGGGCUUUCCAUUUCAAAGUGAUCGAAGUAGCUUGCUGGCAGCUGCAAUUAAUUGCUUGUCUGCAGCUCUUUCCGUGACUCCUUCCUCAGCAAGUGUCAAAAAUAUGCUGCUGGGGGAAAUGUCAACAGGAUCUCUUGAAGGUCGACAGAGAUCUGGUGUAUUAUAUACCUUAAUUCGAUAUUCUGAACAAUUAUCAAGCCCAUCAAUAAGCUUAGAAGCAUUUCAGGCUCUUAAAGCUUUGGCACACAAUUAUCCAAAAGUAAUUGCUUUAUGCUGGGACCAAAUUUCCUCUAUUGCUUACGGAAUUUUGAGCUCAUUUUCGGGUGUUCCUCCUAGAUUGUGGAGGGUAAACGUAGAACACACUGUUCCACCAAUCAAGGAGAGAAUCAUUACAGCUGCAAUCAAGGUUUUGGACGAAUGUCUUCGGGCUAUUUCUGGCUUUAAAGGAACUGAAGAUCUUUCAAAUGAUAAAUUUCUUGACAGCCCGUUUACAUCUGAUUAUGUGAAAACAAAGGCAAUCUCAUCAGCUCCAUUGAAUGGCUUAGAGAGUCCUGCAUCAUCUGAGUAUGAAUCUAAAGCAUAUCUGUUGGGAAGUGAACGGUGGAUUGAAGCAACGGAUAAGCAUCUGCCUAUAACUAUUAAAUAUUCUUCAGCUAUGGUAAGGGCUGCAUCAGUGACCUGUUUCGCUGGAAUGACUUCUUCGGUUUUCUUUUCCCUACCUAAGGACAAACAGGAAUUUAUUAUAUGUUCUUCAAUUGACGCUGCUCUAAAUGAUGAGGUUCCUUCAGUUAGGUCAGCUGCCUGUCGAGCCAUUGGUGUUAUUGCAUGUUUCCCACAAAUAUACCAUAGCAGUCCAGAGGUCCUAGAGAAGUUCAUCCGUGCUGCCGAGCACAAUGCUCUUGAUUCACUGGUUUCAGUCCGUAUUACAGCUUCAUGGGCCUUAGCCAACAUAUGUGAUGCUCUGGGUCAUUACAUCGAUGCACUUCACGCAGGAAGAGGUUCUCUUGACUCUAGGACAAGCUCUGAAGUUAUACCAUUGCUUGUUGAUAGUUCCUUGAGGCUGGCAAGGGACAAUGACAAGGUCAAAGCAAAUGCUGUUAGAGCUCUAGGAAAUCUUUCAAGAUUUAUUAAAUUUACAAGUCAACCACUUGUGCAUGGUGAUCCAAUGGAUGGUAUGCAUUAUAAUGGUGUGGAAAGCUCCAAGGAUUAUAUGAAUGAAAGAGCAGACUCAUUGCCAUCAGCAUCUUUGGGGACAUUUGAUUGGCUUGAACAGAUGGUGCAGACAUUUCUUUCUUGUGUGACAACUGGAAACGUUAAGGUUCAGUGGAAUGUGUGUCACGCGUUGAGCAAUUUAUUUCUCAACAAAACUUUGAAACUGCGAGACAUGGAUUGGGCUUCUCCUGUUUUUAGCAUCCUGUUGUUACUACUUCGGGAUUCUUCUAAUUUUAAGAUCAGGAUACAAGCGGCUACAGCUUUGGCUGUUCCAGAAACUAUAAGAGAUUAUGGGAAAUCAUACUUUGAUGUCGUGAAAAGUGUGGAGCAUGUCGUUGAGAACUUCAAAUCAGAUCAGAUUUCAGACCCUUCUAACUUCAAAUACUGGAUUGCUCUUGAAAAACAGUUGACUUCAACUAUGUUGCAUCUGCUUGGUCUUGCUGCAAGAUGUGACCAUCGAGCUACACAAGAUUUUCUAAUCAAAAAAGCAUCAUUUCUUGAACUCUGGAUUAAAGAUUUGUGCUCAUCUCUUGGGAAUACAAGUAAUUCACACGAUGAGGUGAAGCAUUUGGUGUCCGUGGACCAGAAAAAGGAUGUUAUAUUCAGAACAAUUCAAUCACUGAUUGAGGUGUAUAAAUGCGCUAGUCAUCAUGUUCUUGCACAAAAAUUUGACAGAUUGGCCAAUAACGUGAGAUGAGUUUCUUGGGUUCUUGAUCUCUGCGUCUUAUACCCCUGUAACACUAGAAGGGCAAUGAUGGAGCAUUGGCUUCAGUUGGAGAGGACAUUGCUUUUCUCUGAUAAGUUUGGAGAUGUAGGUUGUACAUCUUGAUGCUGGCUAUUUAUUUCCUCUUCCACCAUAAUUAUGGUUACAUCUCGGAUCAUUCCUACAAUCAUGACCAACCUCUUAAGUUUAUGGAGAUGUGGGUUGUACA